GAUUACUUAUUAUGCAUAGGAAAGUUCUGAUGUGAUUAUUGUUAUAUUAUAAUUAGGUUGUUGUAAAUUAAUACAUUUCUUAUAAGUUUCAGUUUAUUUCUGAAUAAUAUUGCAAAUAAAUGCACAUUUCAUAUGUGCGAAAAAAAGGUAAAUAUAUUAAAAAUUAAAUUUCCUUUUGUAGAGUUAAUAAAACAGAUGUAAAGAGACCACACGUGUUCAUAGGAAUUGCUUGCCAUUGAUAAUUUGUGGCAGUAAUUCACAAAAAUACCGCUAUUUGUUGAAAAGGAUAGUAAACUAUAAAGUAGGUAUAUUUGAAAAGACAACAAAGGUUUUUAAAUUGAAACCUUUCAUCAUUAAUUAAUAUUAUUCACUGUAGUAAUCAUUAUUUGAUUGUAUAAUGGAUAACAUACGAGAUUUUUAUGGCGUAGGUGUGUUUGAAGGGAGUGUAAUAAGUGUACAUUGAAGUGUAAGAAUCUCCAAGGAAUAAAAGGGAUCAAAUUCAUUAUCGCAAUAGCAAUGUGUGGGAGUAGUGUUGGUGUUCCAAGUUUCCUCGCAAACUCCCGUCUUUAUUGAUCCAACAGGAUCAACAGCUGGCCGCAGAGUAAGCGUUUGCGCACGAAACUUUGUCAAUGAACUCGAAAUUCCGCAAGCGAUAAGAGGGUAGUUCGGACUGAGCUGGAAGAUAGGUGAGAAGAGCUUCCCUGCGCUUACCACCAAACCAUGGUACGUGUGGUUUCAGCACCACACCCGCUACUCCUGGUAACGGUGGUGGUAGCAUUAUGUGCUGCUAUUCCCCGUGCUGUUAUGGCCAUAGAUCUUAGCAGACUUUACGGCCAUAUCAGCUCAAAAAGGAAUGCAGACGCCUGUCAUCCUUACGAACCCUUCAAGUGUCCGGGGGAUGGAAAUUGUAUUUCUAUUCAGUAUUUAUGUGACGGGGCUCCCGAUUGUCCGGAUGGAUAUGACGAAGAUUCCAGAUUAUGUACAGCAGCUAAACGGCCACCAGUAGAAGAAACAGGCAGCUUCUUAAAAUCACUUUUGGCAAGUCACGGGCCCAAUUAUCUCGAAAAACUUUUUGGAAGUAAAGCAAGAGACGCUCUCAAACCAUUGGGUGGAGUGGACAAAGUAGCCAUUGCUUUGUCAGAGUCUCAAACAAUAGAAGAUUUUGGAGCAGCAUUACAUCUAAUGCGAUCUGAUUUAGAACAUCUACGUUCAGUAUUCAUGGCGGUUGAAAAUGGCGAUUUGGGAAUGUUGAAAUCACUGGGUAUAAAAGAUUCCGAACUUGGUGAUGUUAAAUUUUUCUUAGAAAAGUUAGUGAAUACCGGUUUCUUGGACUGAAGUAUACCGGACCCUGCUGCUGUGUUCUUCGCACACCCCCAACCACAUGCUCCUUUAAUUAAAGGCUUUUAUUCUUAUCUCCCUUUUUAAGCAACGUGGAGCGUAUAUUACAGCAGCAGAGUUCGUUAAUUCCGUCCUUCAGGGCUGAUGGUAACUCACGACUGUCUCUGCGAGUUCCAUCAAAUAACAACAAUCGAUUUAAUAAUCAGUACAUAUCAUAUAAAAGUCUUAUAAAAUAUAUUUAAAUAUUAUAUCUAUUAAAAUAUACAUAUUAUAUAAAUACAUAUCACACAAUGAGUAAGAUACGGUGGACGAAUCAUUACAGUAACCCACAUCAUUUAGUGCAGAAACAGUGUCGGCGGAAGGCAUGCUAUAUCAAUAUUACUAAAAAAGUUUUUGUAUUUUUAACUUCUAGAUGUUCUUAUCGUGUUCACUGUCACUGCUUUUCAAAUGCAUAUCGAGUGAUAUAUAUAUAUAUUUAACGUACGAUUUUUUACUAUAUUUGUGAUGUCGUCUUAAGCAACCUGUUUACAAUUACCACGGCACAAUUAUUAAAAAAUAUUCAAACCACAGCGAUCAAUUAUAUUAACUAACAGCUUACUAGUACAACAGUCAACGAGCAACUUUUCUGCUUCCUUACAACUAUUUUAUUAUUAAAAUCUGAGCAUCAACCCAAGAAGAAUUUUCCCAUUUUCAUGAUGGUACUUAGCGUAGGACGAAACAUUAUGAUUCGUACCGUGUCGGUGCAGGGCGAUACGUCACUUUGUUUCGUUCAAUUAGAAGACUGUUGCUCGAAUUGCGUUUUUCUAGUAAGUUAAUAUAGGAGUUAUCAGGAAGCUAGGGGAAUUGCGUCGUAGGGCCUCGCAAUCCCCAAGCAGUUCGAAUUUUCACAGUUAUUAUAUCUAAAUGUGAUUUUAAUGUACAUAUCAGCAAAGAUAGAUUGAGAACCGAUUUACGUAUAUUUCUGCACGAUAACGACCUGACACUCAAACAAAAGCUAGCAGAAAUACGUCAAUCGUUAGCUCGAUCAACCGCACAAUCAUUAAAAGUAAUGUUGUUAUAGGUACAUCAAUUAUUCAUUACUUAGGUUAGUUUUAGGAUAUUAAAUAUUAGAAACACAUGGAUAUACAAAUAUAUUUUUUUGACUAAAGGAAAAUCCUUUCUUUUGUGCUGAUAUGCGCAAGCCGUUCUUAUUAACUAUUGUUUCUUCAUAGAAAAAAAUUUACAGAUAAAGGCUGGUUGACUUGUAAUGAUCCACAUUAUUUAUUGCUUUAUAUAUAAAGAUAUAGUAUAUUAUAAAUAAUAAAUUAAAUAUAUUAUCUUGUUCACGAUUUAUUGUCAAAUGGAUUUGAAUAAUACAUUUUAACAAUAAUUAAUGGUCUUUGAUUAACUUAAGACACCUUUUUAACGAAUUUCUAAAUGUUUUGCAACACAUGUUACCUACAACCCCCUUUCCUUACACAGUUUAAAAUAUUCUAAAAUAUUCUGAUUACGGUCCUGUCGAGAAUUUAAACUCUCAUGAAAUAGUAAUAAACAAGAAGAAGAAUGAAGAAGUAGCCGAAACAAAUGUGAGGUUAAAGAAUUGCAGUAAUAACGUAAACAACAUUUCUUUUUUCGUUUUUGAUAAAACAAUUAUUAAUUAAUAUCUCAAGAAUCGUAUAAGUUAUUUAUUAUGGGCAAACGCUCGUGUCCUUUUGAAGAAAGUUUUGCUCCACAAUUGAAAAGGCAUGUUUCAGAAGUGGAAUUAAACGCCAAUGAAUGUGUAGAGAAAAUUCAUUCUAAAACUUUGGCAAUUCUUUUUCGUGGUUCAAGAAAAUUAGGUUGUUCUAAGAAAAAAACAAAUGGGAUAUGUAAAUGCAUGAAUUGUCAUUGCCAGAAUAAUUUAACUGCGAAAUGUUGGUUUUGUGAAAAUACUUUGUGUUCAACUUGUAUCCAAUUAUGUGAAAUUUGUGAUGAAACAUUUUGUGAGAAUUGUGCAGUCAAGAUUUUUGUAGGUAUAAUCUUGAGGGAGGAAUAAGGUGUCUAUCUUGUGUGGAUAAGUAACAUUAUGUACCUACUAAAUUGCCUUGCUCACUUGGAAUGUGUUGAUAAAGAAUGUUACUUUUUAAAUAUAGAUUUUUUGUUAUUUAGUCAAAGUGAAUUUGAAUAAAGUUUUAUUUUUCU